AUGGAUAACGAGGAUAAAGACUUUUUACGUGAAUGGCUUAUUCUCAACCUCGAACCAGUAAGCGACGCGGAUCCAGAAGUCCUGAGCAAGUACGUGUUGGCGCUUGUCCAGAACGAUCCACACACGCUUGAUCUACAGGAAACAUGUGUCUCGAAGCUCGAGGAAUUUCUUGGCGAGGAGACAAAAGGCUUUGUAGUGAAAUUAUUCAAAGCACUAGCCGAUGGGUCCUACAAGGCCAGUCGAGUUGUAAAUGAAGCACCAAGAGAUGAACAAUUUCGAGCUGUUAAUAUCUUUGAAGAGAAUACCAGUCGACGACGGGAUCGGACGUUAUUGGACGAGGAAGAUGAGCAGCAACGGUAUACUAAACGAUGUCGUGGCGAUGAUCGGCCGCGAGAUAAUGACGUGAAGCGGCAUCAGGGCAGUCCCAGGAGAGACUUUUUGAACUUUAAUAGAAGGCAGCCAUAUCCAUCUCGUGAUGGAGGCAUGCGAGGAGGUCCUGUAGGUCCUGUAGGUCCCGUAGGUGGACGUGGACCUUAUGGUAUGGGUGGAGAACGGCCUCGAACUUUUCCACUUGAGUGGGGAAUGCCUCCGCAGGGAAUGUGGCCACCACACUUUCCUCCUCAUCGAGGUGCGGGGUUCCCACCAGAAUUUGAUACCAACGGGUACAUGAGAGAGAGCGGUGGUAUGAUGCCGCCCCCGCACAUGAUGAUGCCACACCCGAUGGUUGGUGGUCGUGGUCAGUUUUUUCCUCCUGGAGGUCGCGGAGGUCGAGGAAGACGUGAUAAUUUCUUUGCAGAACGCGGUGGCAAGGACGGCGAAAAUGGUGAGGCUACUACUGCAAAGACGACGCUUUACGUCAGACAUGUUGAUCCCAAGUAUGUGAACAUGACUAUGCUAAGCCUCCACUUUUCUAAGUUUGGCAACGUAGUCAAUGUUCAGAUGCGGCCAAAUGCGAAAUGUGCUUUUGUUCAGUAUGCGACCGAGGACGAGGCAAAGAAAGCUUUCCAUUCACCGCUUCCUGUGUGCAACAAUCGCUUUAUAUCAGUGAAAUGGGCCAGACACGACGCCCGAAGCCCAGAAGAAGCAGCCGUCGACCAAAGCGGUGCCGGAUCGAAAGAGGCAUUUGGAGAAAAUUGUGCAUCUAACAAUGACCUUACGGCAGAAAAGAAUGCGAAAGAGGCUGGCGGUGACGGAAAAUCUUCCGAUGCGAUGCCUGAAAAUAACAUGACGACUGAAGAACUGCGAGCAGCAGCAUUAGAGAAGGGUCGCUUGGUGCUGGAACAGAAGCGCGAACUGCUGGAGAAGCAGCGUACGCUCAAGAAGCAGAAAGAGGCGCUGAUUAAGCGGCAAUUAGCCCAGCAGAAGGAGCUGCUGGAGCGUAUGAGUGCAAACAGCUCGCAGUUUUCCAUAGCAGAGAAGCGUGGCCUUUUGGACAAGAUCACAGCGUUAUCCGCGGAGUUGAAAACAUUAACCCCCAGUCAUUCAGCUGUUUCACCGAGUGCUGCUCGGUCCGUCGAAACUGGCGAAGAUAGUGAAAACUUGAACGGGCUCAAGGCCGAGCUUAGUGCGCUGGAGGCCGAGGCCGAGGCAUCUGGCGACCGAGGGGGUCGGGGCGGCCGGUGGUCUUCGGGCCGUGGCUACAGAGGAGGCCGUGGUGGUCGAGGCCGAGGAGGAUACGGUCGUGGCUCGCACACACUGGAUAACCGCACAACGAUCGUGAAGGUGGCAAACCUGCCCGAGGAGGCUCGGGACCCUAUCGUGCUGACGCAGCACUUUGGCAACUUUGGCGCCGUGGAGCGUGUCGUGAUGGAUGAGGCGGCUCCUGGCCAGGGGUUCAUCAAGUUCCAGGAUCGGUUUGCCGCCCAGUCCGCUCUGCAUCACGGAAAUGUAUUCUCGGAUAAGCAGUUGGAAAUAGGAUGGGUUGAGUACCAGGAUGCGCCUGCAGAGCUAACGCGGAGCGACUUACCGACAGAAGCUGCAGCAGCGUCUGCUGUCGCAGACCCUACACCAACUGGAACAAGUGACCAGGUACAACUUGUCGAAGCGGCGUGA